CAACUGUUCUUAGUCUUUCUGGGAUCCGGCGAUCCAGGAUGCAUUGAGAACCUGGGAAUGAACUGUGCUGGGGUCUGUACCACACUCUUCAGAGAAGCCCUGAUUGAGUUGAUAUUCACCUUCUACUAGGUUGAAAUGAGUCUUCUGGGAUUUGGGAUUGGUACUUUGGGCCAAGCACUGGUCCCCUCUCUCUAGGUUGAUCUGAGCUGGGAGGUAUCCACACAAUAGGAGAGGAACAGCAGAUUAUUUUCCUAUUCUACCUUCUAUGGACUGGUACUCAAUACUACCAGCUGGGGCCACUCUCACCUAAACAGGAUCCUGCCCGACUUCAGAUCUCUGGUCUGACCAAGAUAUAAAGGGGACUGCUGGUACUAUUUGCAUGUUUCUGAAAUGCACAGUAUUAGUCUGCCUUCUGCUCCUAGUCUGUAGGUAAUAUUGACAGAAAAGAUAUAGGAAGGAGCCAUCUGAGCCUAUUUUUAAAAUUAUGAAAUCUUUACUAUAAAAAAUAGCUUUGCUCUUUUUGUUGCACUCUCUAUUUGAAAAUGACUGUGUUUACAAGCUGCAACAGAAAAGAGAAGAGCAAGUCACAGAUUGUAAUAUAUUUUACAAGAUGCUUUGUGUUCUAUAGACAGCCUAAAACAAGGCAGCGGGGAGAGAGGAAGGAGUGGAGAAAUAAUACAUUUACUUCAUGGGACUGGUCAGAAUGAGACCCCCUACUGCUAUUCUGCUGCUAGCUCUGCUGGUGAUCUGCCACUCUGUGAAUGCCGGCAUCUUGGAAACCAACACACGCCUCACAUGCAAAUGUAUAAUGAUAAGGUCGCAAUACAUACAUCCAAAAGCUUACCAAAGUGUGGAGAUCUUUCCUCCAGGGAGUGCCUGCCGGCGUACAGAAGUUAUAAUCACACUUAAAAACGGAAAUAAAGUAUGUGUGGAUCCUGAGAUACGUUGGGUAAAGAAAACAUUGAAAGCACUUUUUGAAGCGAAGGAAAAAUGAAAAUCCAGUUAAAUUAAUAAAAUGGCUAAAAUCCUUUUUUGAAGAAAAGAGGAGAGAUGUGGACAAGCCUGACAACCUGUUUUCAAUUUUGCUUUUGCUGUUGUUUCUCCCUUGGCCGGAGGACAAAUAAUGUAUUUUUUCAUAUUUAACAGGCUCCCCAAUCAAAUAAAGAGAAAUUUA